GUGUAGCCUAUAUAUACAAAUUAAUUCCGCAAAACAUCAUCUAUUGCAGUGUGACUGGACAGCGACAAAAUGACCAACUGGAAGUUGAUUUUUUGCAGCCUAUAUUUAAUAUCAGUGAUGUCGACUAGUUUUGGACUGGAAGUGACAAUGAGUCAAGCUUCUGUGGAGGUUGCCAGGGGUGAUGAUGUCACCCUUACAUGUAAUUUUAAACCUAAAAAUCAAGUAAACGAUCUUAUCAUUAUAACAUGGAGUGGUCAUUCUGAUGAGACAUCUGGAGACAAGGUACUUUUUGGUAGCUAUUACUCCAAUACUCGCAAAGUAGACAUUGGACCACAGUAUGAAGGCAAAGCCUCGAUAGACUUUGACCUUGAUGCAAAAACAUCAAAACUGACACUAAAACAAGUCACUCUUAAAGAAAGCAGAAGAAUUAAAUGUUAUGUUCAGAUUCCUGGAGACAUUGAAGGCAAAACAGCCGACUCCACUUCUCUUUUGGUUCAGGUUGCACCAUCACAACCUGUUUGUAAGGUAGUAGGCACCGCAGAAUAUGGACACAAUAUUAGCCUAACCUGUGUUUCUGAGGAGGGCUCGCCAUCACCCACAUACAAAUGGGAGAGAUAUGAUGUCAAAAAUGUCCCAAAAGCAUUUCCUCUUAAAACCACUGAAAAGGAUGGAGUUCUGGCUUUGGUCAAUGCAUCCAUGGAGACAUCAGGUUACUAUAUCUGCCUGUCAACCAAUAAGGUCGGAUCAGCCAAAUGUAACAUGACAUUGUCUGUAAUGCCAUCCUCUAUGAAUGUUGCCACAAUAGGCAUUGUUGCUGGUUGUAUUGCUGGAGCUGCAGUGCUUAUAAUAAUCAUCAUCUGCUGUGUCCGCAAACGGAAACAGAAAUCAAAAGAAACUCCAGUGGUGGAAUACCAUGACACACCACAAAUAGAAUAUAUUGAGGAAGGGAAUCUGCACAUCACUGAAGAGAGACCUGACAAAGCUCGAAGUGAUGACAAUGGAGGUGGCCGUGAUGACCACAGUGACCACUAUGUUGACCGCAAAGGUAGCCCUGAUGACCUCAGCGUUCACUAUGAUAAUCGCAAAAGUAGCCGUGAUGACCUCAGAGAUCGCUAUGAUGAUCGCAGAGGUAGCCGUGAUGACCUCAGAGAUCGUGAUGACCUCAGAGAUCGCUCUGAUGAUCGCAAAGGUAGCCGUGACGACCUCAGAGAUCGCUAUGAUGAUCGCAAAGGUAGCCGCGAUGACCUCAGAGAUCGCUAUGAUGAUCGCAGAGGUAGCCGUGAUGACCUCAGAGAUCGUGAUGACCUCAGAGAUCGCUAUGAUGAUCGCAAAGGUAGCCGUGAUGACCUCAGAGAUCGCUAUGAGGAUCGCAGAGGUAGCCGUGAUGACCUCAAAGAUCGGUAUGAUGAUCGCAGAGGUAGCCGCGAUGACCUCAGAGAUCGGUAUGAUGAUCGAAGAGGUAGCCGCGAUGACCUCAGAGAUAGGUAUGAUGAUCGCAGAGAUCGCUAUGAUGACCAUAGAGAUCGCUAUAGAUAAAAUCAUUAAGAUCAGUAUGAUAAUCAGUAUGUGAUGAACCAUUGAAUUAUUAUGACAGCCAUCAAAAUGUUGCUAUAAGGAGGAUGGCCGUGAGCCAAGGCCUCUACAUUUUUUUCCUGUGUUGAUAAUCCAAAAAAAUUGUUCUUUAUCCCUGCAGUGGCAAAUGCAUCUGAUUCUUCUGACCUCAACGAACUAUCCUUUUUAUUUACUUUUUUGUUUUAUUUUACAGGAUUGUAAUAGUAUUUUAUAUACAGCAUAUAGUUUUUUUUGUUCUGACUAUCAGCUAAAGUAAUUAGGCAAAAUCAUAUUUUUGUUCUUCUGAAUCAUGCAUGUGUUCAGUCAUUUUUUGGGCAGGUGGUCAGAAUGGUGCUUAAGGACG